AGAAUUAGGAAAGCGUUAUACGAUAAGAGGAGAGGUAUCGGUAUAGCUGCUGCUGUAGCUACCGGUACAUAUUUCAUCUGCCAAUAUCUCAGUUCAAAGUUAUCCGAGAUACAGGAUCAAUCUGAGAGGGAUAGAACAGCAAGGGAUACAUUGCGUCGUAAGUUCUAUCAGACGUUGCAAGACUGCACAUUCACGGUUAUGGCGUUAUUACCGUCGGUUGAUAAUGAAAUAGACAGAGCAUUCAAAGUACAAACAAUAACAGAAGAACUUAAGGAACGCUCAAAGAGUUCUACUUUAUCGAGUUCCGGUGUUAUUUCAGAAAAGUCACUCGCACCAUCUUCUGAUAACGAUACAGGAAGCGCACCAGCAAUGCAGACAGGCCCAUUAUCCACAGAUUCCUCAGCUUUAUCAUUUAACGACCAAUCAACUACCGCAUCGUCAAACGGCGAUUCUUCCCCAGAUUUACCAAAGAGUCCAAGCAAGAUCUCAGAAUUGAAGUUAAAAUCGAAGAAGGAUCUAUGGGAAGACCUUAAAGUUGGAACAUUUUCUCAGUCAAUUACUAUUCAUUAUGCUGUCACUUUACUAUCAUUGCUUACUCACAUUCAGUUGUCACAUCUGGGCAGAGAAGCAUACGUCGCACAACUGCGCGCUUUAGCUAGAUCGAGGGCACCAGUACCAUUCGAUUCAGUCGAUGAUAACGAUACAUACGACAAGACAUACUUGAGCUUGACUUGGUGGUUCAUCUACACAGGUCUUCCUAGACUUUCUCAACGUGUCAAGGCUGCUGUUGAUGAAAUCAUUGGUCCAGCUACGCUCAGAGAUUUAGUUGAUGGCGACUCAAUCAAUGUAUGGAUCGAUCAAGUUAGAAAUGCAAUUGAAGGUGGUCCUAUAGAAGAAUUACUUGAGGAUUUAUUCCCUAUGACAGAUAAGUCACUUAUGGUUACUUUAGACAAUAACCAUCAGCUGAAUACUGGUGAACUCUUCAUAGAUUUGGUUCAACAAACCCGUGAUUCUUUACAGACUGCUGACUUCAAGAAAAUACUAAGUGAAUGCCUGAAUAAGAAUUUCUCAUCAUUAUCCGCAUCUAUAUCACAGUUACAGGAGGGUAAAUUGGCAUCACAAUUACCUAAGAUUAAGAAACUCGGUCAGAGUUCUUUGCAAUCUGUACCAAAUGACUUAGUAGAGAACGUUUCCAAUUGCGAUGACCUUCUCACUUUAGACGCUCUCAUUCAGACCAAUUAUGAGACUUCAAUUGACAAGUUCUAAUAAGAUCUACUUACAUUCCAGAGGAUACUUCGGCCAUGCAGCGGAAUGCUGCCGAAAUGAGGACGAAACGACAAUUUUAAGGCGAAUACCAUAAUUAUAUGAUAAUUCUUGUAAAUUUUAACACUCGCUGAAACCAUUCAUGUAUAUUGUUUAAUCCAUAGUUUCAUAGUUAC